AUGGAAUCAUCUAUAUGGCCUCAAUUCUUGCUGGAGUCUAUUGAGAUUUUAGUUCAAGAAACUAACAAUAUAGCCAAAGAAUUUGUUUUAAAUAGGUCUCUUAAGCAGAGUCUGCUCUGUUCAGUAGUUACAAACAAUACAGAGACAAAGAACUCACUCAUCCUCUUAUAUGAUCGUAUGAAAGUACUAUUCAAUGAAAAUAAGAUUGGAGUAUUGGACUUGAUAAAAAAUUUUGAGAGAUUUUUCAAUUUGAGGGACAAGGCAAGGGAUGUAUUUUAGGGAAGAAUAACAACCUGUAUUUGCGAUUUAAGUUAUGCCUUAAGGACUUUUGAGAAAAUUUACCUAGAUAUCGUCUAAUCUAUUGACAUAGACUAUGCUGAGUUUCAGCCACACAAAGACUUAAUCAAAGAGAUCAAAGAAUAAAAGAAUAGAUAAAUCAAAUUUUGUGAGUAAAACUUUAAGACAUUGAAGGAGGCUAUCAUGUGCAAAAAGACUGAAAAGAAAGAAGAUUAAUAUCCUAAUUUAAACAUACUUCGAAAAUCAUAUUCUACUUCAAAGGGUCAAAUAAUGAAAGAGCUAGAGUAUAUGAUAAAUGAGCUAGGAGUAUAGGAGCCUGAGCUUUAUCUUUAAUAAACCUAGCCAAAAAGCGAUGUUGAGGAGUUUUAGAUUAAGGAUCUUCAAUAACUUUAGUCUAUUAGAAUUGGAGAUGAAAAUCAUAGAUCUUUGAUGCUAUUCUGGUUCACACAUUUUAAAUUAAAAACUGUAACAACCUUUGAUAUGUUUAGAUACUAAUUAGAGGAGUAUCUUAAACUAACAAUUCCUGAUGAGGGUGAUUUAGAUGUUGAAUUAAGUCUAGAAAACUUCACUAAUCCGUAUAUUGUCUCCUAUGUAAAAGAUUAGGCUUAUCUUGGAUUAAUCAUUCCAGGUUUUAAUAAAGACCCGAUUGAUCAUCCAUUCUUAUAGAAGAUUGUUCCAACAGUCAAAGAUAGGACGAUGCAAGUAGAAGAUGAAGAAGGGUCUGAAAGAAUAAGCAGGGGUACUAGAACAGAUCGAACCUAUGGAGAAGAUUAUUCAGAUGAUGAAGAUCAGUGUAGUCAGAGAACUUUUGAUCCUAGUCAGUUUAGAUAAGAGCAUAGAACUGAGGGAAGAACAGGGGGCAGAACUGGAGGAGCAGCAAAUGAAAUUGAAAAUGAGGUACAAGUUGAAGAAUCAAAAGGAUUGCAAUUUGGAUUUCCUAUUCAAAGCCUUGCAGAUAGAACUAAUAAAACUUCAACAAGAAGAUAUGGAGAUGGUACUGUAUGUUCUAUCUCAUAAGUUUCUACCAACAACAAGUAUCUUUUCUCUAUAAGUAAGGGUUCAGCAUAAUUUUCAAGCAUGUCAACUACCUCAACAUUUGCCUAAGGAUAGUCUACUAAACCUAAAAGAUAAUUAGCACAAAUAUAUCAAGGCUUAGAACUUAAUGACAAAUCCUAUACAAUUUCAUUCAACAUUGAAGUAUCAGAUUAUGUGAGAAAGCAACUUAUUGGCAAUUUCAAAACCAAAUUAAAAGUUAGCAAAUUCUCACUAAACUCAUCUGUGUUAAAUCUAGGAUCCUCGCAGACUCAAUCUGAUUUAAUCUUUUCGAAUAACAAAAGAUUCGAGGAUAAUAUCAUUGGUUUAUCGUACAAUAAUGAUUAGAGAUAAUUUAGAAUUAUGGAUUUAUCUUUUAAAAAUCAGCAUUACCUAUACGUAAACUUGAGAGAAGGAGAUAAAUUGAAAAUAUUUGACGGAUGUAUUUUAAGAUUUGGUAAUAAAUACAGAUAUCUAUUUACUUAUUCCGAAAAUGGAAGCGUAUUAAAUAUGACAUUGAUGGAGGUAGACUAAGUACCCUAAAAAGGAUAGUCUUUAUCGGUUGGUUUUUAAGAGAGAGAAAUAGGUAUUGGAAGGAAUAAUGACAACUUCUUGGUCAUUUAGUCAAGUUUUCUUAGCAAAAAAUAAGGAUAUAUAGUUUUUGAUUCAUCUUGCAGAGGACAGGCAGUAUAUCAUCACUUAUCAUAAACCAGUUUAACUCAACCAGCUUUAAAGUUAAAUGACUAGAUUUAGGAUGGAUAGAUAAGUGAUAUCAGAUUAAUUUAAGAUUUAUGUGGCAGCAAGGAUAGAAUCUCACUUGAAUAUUACAAUUACAAGAUUGAUAUCUCCAAUUUAUGCAUCUAGGAAUGA